CCCAUCAUAAUGAAUGAUAAUAUUCAUAUUUGUUUUGUAUUUUCACUUGGCUCCGAGUCUUGGUUCUGACAUUAAAGAUAAAUGAAGAAAAGUUAUUUCAAACAGAUCCUUAUUCUCGGCCUUUCGAUCAGAUUCAUGGCAGCGACCCAAUCACACGCCACUGAUCGUACUUCCGAAGAGCAACCUGCUAGUCUGGAAAUCAUGAAGGAUCAGCCUGUUCCGGUGAAAAACGAGACAUCAGCCUCUUAUAAGUCCUCUCAGGACACUGCAACUGUAGUUCAUCCUGUCAAACCUGCACAACUACCUGGACCUUAUGGUUUCACAGAGCCAGGUUAUGAAAACGCCAGAGGUGAAUGGGACGAAUACUCUCCUUACAUCGCUGCUGAAGGAUUGGAUAUCACAUCUCCCGGUGGCUUCAAUGAGAAUCCUUCUAUCGUAUUCCAUGCCGGAUAUGGAUACAAUCCUCAAAUUCCGUAUGGACCAUAUUCCCCUGCUGCGUCGCCCUUACCUUCUGUAGCUGGAGACGGGCAGUUGUAUUCUGCACAGCAGUUCCCAUACUCAGGACAUUCACCAUACUACCAGCAGGUGGUUCCUCCUAGCAUGCAAUAUAUUACUUCUCCAACCCCGGUUUCACAGCCAGAGCUCACCGGCAUUGUGGGUGUUGACCAACAAGGUGAUAACAUGCUUGUGGGAACUCGGCCAACCUACCAUCCUCAUCCAAUUGGACCAUUUAAUGGGAGCGGGUUUCAUGGAAACCAGGGAAGCCUUGGUUUCCCCGAGUGGCAGCAAGGGUUUGAUGGUGGGAUAUGGUCAGAUUGGUCCAAACCCUCUGAUAUGCAUAGACCUGUGGCUCCUAUCUCGCCAGCAGUAUCUCCUCAGCCAGUUGGCCCAUUCGGAUCAUUUGGGCAGAACAUCCACAUGGGAUCACAGCGGCAGAGAUCGUUUUACGGGUUUGAAUCUGGAUCAAACUCUUACAACAGAGGUUAUAUCCAUCGUGGUGGUCAUGGCCAGGGGUCUAACUAUGGAAGUACACUUGUUUCUAAUGUGGGUAUGGGCAACCAAGGUUGGGUUGGGGUUGAUAACACUCGAGGUCGUGGAAGGGUCACUGGUUCUACCUUUUGUGGUGGCUGUAAUGUUUCUUUGGACAUCCUCAAUGAGCAAAACCGAGGACCUAGGGCCUCUAAGCCCAAGGCUCAGAUAAUGGAGGAGCUUGAUUCUUCUGCUGACGCCAAGAAGAAUAACAAAGCCAGUGCCAAGCAGCAGGAUGAAACCUACAACAAUACUGACUUUGUCAUGGAUUAUAACGACGCUAAGUUCUUCAUCAUCAAAUCUUACAGCGAGGACAAUGUUCACAAGAGUAUCAAAUACAAUGUCUGGGCUAGCACCCCUAAUGGUAACAAAAAGCUUGAUGCUGCACAUCGUGAAGCUAAGGAAAAGCAAGAACCAUGCCCAGUAUUUCUUCUGUUUUCUGUAAAUGCGAGUGCUCAGUUCUGUGGGGUGGCUGAGAUGAUUGGACCUGUGGACUUUGAGAAGAGUGUGGAUUACUGGCAACAAGAUAAAUGGAGCGGUCAGUUCCCUGUGAAGUGGCACAUCAUCAAAGAUGUUCCGAAUAGCCUGUUCCGUCACAUAAUUUUGGAAAACAACGACAAUAAGCCCGUGACCAAUAGUAGAGAUACCCAAGAGGUGAAGCUGGAGCAGGGCAUCGAGAUGCUGAAGAUUUUCAAUAGCUAUGAGGCUGACACAUCCAUAUUGGAUGAUUUCGACUUUUAUGAAGAACGGGAGAAAAUGAUACAGGAACGGAAGGCUAGACGACAACAAGAAAGCUUGACUUCUGCAGGAAUAGCCGGAGAAAACGACCAUAAACCCACCACUGGUGCAUUGGCGGUGGACUUCAUCAAGACAAUGUCCAAAAGUUUUGCACAGGUUGUUCGUGUGGACGAGGGAGAGGAGGCCGAGAAGGAAGCAGGCAGAGCCAGUUCAUCGCCAGAGGCAGUAACGACAGCAGCUGUCCCAUCUGGUGAGUCGAACUAGCAAGACUUCCAUAUCCAUCCAUAAUUCCCUUGUUGUCUGAAUGGGAUCUAAGUUCUAAUCGUUCUGGGUUCUUGUAAAGUAUGCACCUUUUGCCCUUGCUGCUUUCUGGGCAUUAGCAAAUUUGAUUCAUUUCCCUCUUCCUCUUUCUGGGUCUGUCUGUUUUUCUCUCUCCUCUCUCUCUCUUCUGGAUUGAUAGAAGAUGUAUCAAAAAGACAAAUAUCUUGCUCGUGUUUAAUAAUAGCAAAAUACACCAAGAGUGAAGCGUUCUGCUUGAUCA